UAAGACGGCAUCCUAAACCCUAAAGACGCGUCUUACCGCUAAAACACCUCCCGAGGUGUUUUAGCAGUAAGACGCGCUCCUAAGAUUUCAUCCUAAAUGUAAACAUGGCCGCCCGAGAGAAACUGCACCGCCACCACCUGCGACUGAGAUGGGCGUUUCGUGAGAGGAAGGACGUUCUGAACGAGCUAGAUGACCGUGAGUUGGUGAAGAGAUAUCGGCUGGACCGUGCUGGUAUCACUUUCGUGACAGACUUGGUGCGGGAAAGGCUGAAGAGACCUACUGUAAGGAACAAGGCCCUCUCUCCCGAGAUGCAAGUGAUCAUCACUCUGCGGUACCUUGCUACAGGGAAGAUGCAGCAGUGCAGCGCUGAUGACUUGGGUCCCUCACAGCAGACCAUCAGCAGGGUCAUCAGUGAUACUUUGGAAGCACUCUCAGACAAUGCCAUCCUCUCCCUGUUCAUACGAUUUCCAGUCACCCAACUGGAAACUCAGAGGAGGAAGGAGGAGUUUCUUCAGAUUGCUGGCUUCCCUGAAGUGAUUGGUGCCAUUGAUGGGACACACGUGAGGAUUGUGGCACCAAGUGAAUAUGAGGCAGAGUUUGUCAACCGAAAAAGAUACCACAGCAUCAAUGUGCAGUUUGUGUUUGAUGCUCGGUACCACAUUAUUGAUGUGGUAGCAAAGUGGCCGGGAUCGGUUCACGAUGCAAGAAUACUUGCACAAAGUGGACUCUGCACCAUAUUUGAAAACGGCAUCGUCCCAGCUGGGUGUCACUUACUGGGAGAUAGUGGCUAUCCCAGCAAGAAGUGGCUACUGACUCCAUAUCUCAGACCACAGCCUGGAGCACAGUCUUCUUAUAACAGGUAA